GGGCAAAAAAAAAGCAACCAAUGGCGCGAAAGCGGUGAGUUUAAAAAGGAGACGCCUCGCUUUUCGUAUCAAAACAUCCUUUCUUCCUGAGAGGACAUUGCGCUUAAAAGAUACAAUGGCUCACAUCACAGAGCGUGAACACGAAGGCUUGAGAAUGUCUCAUCUGGACUUCAAAGCAGAUAAAGCCCUGAAGACUCCGGCCAAGGCACUAAGAACUCCUCUGGCUCCCGGACGCAAGGCCUUUAGUGCUUUCAAUUCUCGCCUCGCCACUCCUGUCGUCAAAGUGCAAGAGAAGAAACCCAUCAAGGUUCAGGUUGAAGCCAAAGUGGAGCCUCUUCCUCAAAUGAAAGAAGAGUAUCCGGAAAUCGAGAAGUUCUUUCCCUAUGAUCCCCUGGAGUUUGAGAAAUACGGCAUGCCGGAAGACGUGGUUACUUUCGGUGAUCUCGUCCUGGCUGGCGGGUUGUUGCCACAGUCUCCUUAUCGCCCUGAGGAAGACGACAUGGCUCCAGAACCCAUGUCGCCUAUGAGAUUGUCACAAGGCUCAGGCGGCCAAGCAGAGCUGGAUGCCUUCAUGCAAACACUGGAGGAGCUGACUGUCGAGCUUCCAGAGCUUGAGGACUAGACUUGUAUUUUUUUUAUAUAUAAUCCUGUUCAUGUUCGUUUACUGGAAUAAAGAUGUUAAUGUUUGACGCACACUUAUUUGCAUUGUACUGGCACUCCUUCAAUAAACCAGUGGCACAGACA